GGCCGCAGAUGGUGGACCUAAGGAAUGGGAGCACAGUGACAGAGUUUAUCCUCGUGGGCUUCGAGCAGAGCACCUCUUCCACUCUGGCAUUGCUCUUUGCCCUCUUCCUAGCCCUCUACAGUCUUGCCAUGGCCAUGAAUGGCCUCAUCAUCUUCAUCACCUGGACAGACCCCAGACUCAACAGCCCCAUGUACUUCUUCCUUGGCCAUCUGUCCUUCCUGGAUGUCUGCUUCAUCACCACCACCAUCCCACAGAUGCUAAUCCACCUGGUGGUCAAGAACCACACUGUCUCCUUUGCCUCCUGCUUGACCCAGAUGUACCUGGUUUUUGGUGUAGGUGUGGCCGAGUGCAUCCUCUUGGCUUUUAUGGCCUAUGACCGUUAUGUUGCUAUCUGCCACCCACUCAGCUAUGCACAGAUCAUGAGCCGGCAGGUCUGUGUGAGGCUGGUGAGUACUGCCUGGUUCUUUGGGCUGAUCAAUGGCAUUCUGCUUGAUUAUAUGACAUUUCGUGGUCCAUUCUGUAGAGACAACCACAUAGAAAACUUCUUCUGUGAGGCCCCCAUAGUGGAGGGUGAGUAUGGCCAGGAAUGUUGUAAAAUCGGGAUGAGCGACCUAAACUGUCUUCUCAAGGGCGAGCACUUUCUCAUUCAAGGACCUGGGCUCUGGGAGGCCGGGGCACCAACGGACCUUGCAGGGGCAGGGGCGCGGAGGCAGCGCUCCAACGCCAGAGAAGCCGACGCCUUGGUGGUGUCUCCUCCUUCAGCCUCUGCCCUGGUUCCUGAGCCCGGGAGGCACACGAAAAGCCCCCAGCGACUGCGAAAACGCACCAUGCCCAAACUACCCAUGAGGCUUUGGGCCCUGACCCGAUUGCGGAGGGUAAAGAAGAUGGGCGUGGUCAGCACUAAACAAACAAACAAACAAAACAAACCUGCGGCCAAUCACCCUUCCCCAACUUCUCGGAUCACCGUUAUGGCAGCCAAUGAGCGUCUUCUUGGCCGCGCUGGGGCGGGAUUGCGCUAA